GAGGCAGGGGUCAGCUGAAAGACAAAGAAAAAUGGCGAAUAGUUUGUUGGCAGGGCAGCUGUUCGGUUUUGUACCCCAGUGGACACUCCAGGAACCUUUUCCUGCAUCUUCUGCUGCCUUUGUGUCUUCUUUCUCCACCUUUGUUUUGCUGUGUGGAGGAGGGCUAGGAAUGACUUAAUUAGCUCUGUCACAGGAGAGACAUAAGUAACUGCACAUAACAUUUAAUGCGACCCCUGUUACCAUAAUGUCCACGGAUGGGGGCUUUGCAGGAGGCAACAGCGAUGCCCAGCAGUGCCUUCAGUCUUUCUGGCCUCGGGUCAUGGAGGAGAUCCGAAACCUCACAGUGAAAGACUUCCGAGUUCAGGAGCUUCCUUUGGCACGCAUUAAGAAGAUCAUGAAACUAGAUGAGGACGUGAAGAUGAUCAGUGCAGAAGCACCUGUUUUAUUUGCCAAGGCUGCUCAGAUAUUCAUCACAGAGUUGACACUACGGGCCUGGAUACACACAGAGGAUAACAAGCGCAGGACCUUACAGAGAAAUGACAUCGCCAUGGCCAUCACUAAAUUUGACCAGUUCGACUUCCUCAUCGACAUCGUUCCAAGAGAUGAACUGAAGCCUCCGAAGCGCCAGGAGGAAGUGCGCCAGGCUGUGACCCCAGCGGAGCCCGUCCAGUACUACUUCACCCUGGCGCAGCAGCCUGCGGCGGUCCAGGUCCAAGGGCAACAGACGGGGCAGCAGACCACCACAGCCGCCACCACCACCCUCCAGCCCGGCCAGAUCAUCAUCGCGCAGCCUCAGCAAGGACAGACCACUCCGGUAACAAUGCAGGUUGGCGAAGGGCAACAGGUCCAGAUCGUCCAGGCGCAGCCGCAAGGGCAGGCGCAGCCGGCGCAGAGCGGAACGGGUCAGACCAUGCAGGUCAUGCAGCAGAUCAUCACCAACACGGGCGAAAUCCAGCAAAUACCGGUUCAGCUGAACGCCGGACAGCUGCAGUACAUCCGCUUAGCUCAGCCCGUGUCCGGCACGCAGGUGGUCCAAGGCCAGAUCCAGACGCUCACAGCCAAUACUCAGCAGAUUGCACAGACAGAAGUUCAACAGGGACAGCAGCAGUUCAGCCAGUUUACAGAUGGACAGCAACUCUAUCAGAUCCAGCAAGUCACCAUGCCUGCCGGCCAGGACAUCACGCAGCCCAUGUUCAUUCAGUCCGCCAGCCAGAAUACAGACGGACAGGCACCGCAGGUGACAGGAGACUGACCUGGCGCCGCUGAGAGGCUUCUUGACCUGACAGAAGGCACCCCAGCUGGGAUCGAUGUGCUGCCCACCGGAUCCAGAGGUCCUCCUCCUUCUUGCCUUCCACCUUUCCCUUCCCCAGUAUAUACCUUCGUUUGCUGUUAAGGCCCCCACCGGCUGUGAUCUGCGUUGUGUUUUAUGAACCGUUUGAUCUGAUGGAAGGAAAUACUCAACAAACUGGCACCGAUGCAAUAUAUUUUUUUUGUGAAGCUGCAAAUCCUGUAUUAACUGAACAAUUUCUGCCUACGUUGACAAUUUUUUAUAGGACUCUCGUCCAGCCUUUUGGCUGUUCAUCCUUUCUUCAGUGGUCCAGCAUCUUUCGUUUCACCCCUCCUGCUUCCCUGUUCAUUGGACUUCAGCCUCCAGGAUUUUCAUCCUGUUAUCAUCCCUGCUCUAGUAUUAGAUGGACCUAUAGCUGUGUUAUAAUUGUCAGAAAGUGUGUGUGUGUGUGUGUGUGUGUGUGAGAGAGAGAUUCUUAAAAAUUUCCCAUAUUUCAUGACUGCUGUUCCGCAGCUUCCAAGGAUAUAAUAAUUGAAGGGGAAAAACACCAGCUGCUCCUGUCUUAAACUCAACUUCUAAAGGCUUUAAACUUGGCCUUAAAACUAUUUUGCAAAUGCUUUAAAGAACUCCGAUGCUCAAACAUGACUUAUUGGUUAAUGGUAUGACAUUUGUAAAAACCUGUAUGAAAUUUGGUCAAUGCAUGUGUUUAAAAGCUGCAUGAAAUGCAAUAAACUUUUUCCUUUUUUUUUCCUAU